AUGUCAUCUUGUCGAUGUUGUCUAACACCACAUCCCUUACGUCUUAUUGAACGUUUUAAUUUAUCGAUUCAAACAAUUAAAUUAAUACGUAGAAAUUGUACAAUUUUCGAAAAUAUUCUCUUAGAUGAAUAUGAACAUUUAGAAAGAAUAUCAUCAAAUUUAAAUAAAUAUCUUAUAGACAAGAGUAUAAUAUCAAAUCAAAUAUAUUCAUGUUUAUCUCAAAUUACAAGUCAAUUAAAUAAUCGUUCAGAAAAUUUAAUAAAAUCUUUAAAUAAAUUUGAAUAUUUAACAAUAAAAUGUUCAAUUUGGUUAAAGACUCAUUCAAUAAAAUCUAUUCAUUCUCAAUUAAAAUAUUAUAAAAAACAAUUCGAUUUAUUUAAUAAUUUUAUUGAACAACAUUCAUAUAAAAAUAAUUUAACAAAAAAAUUUCAAAAUAAUUUUUCAAUAUUUCAAACAAAUUAUCAACAACAAUGUUUACAAAUGGAUUCAAUUGAAUAUGAACAUAUAAAAUUAUUUCUUGAAAGUAUUCAAUUAUUUUCAUCAAUUAUUUCAAUAGAAAAUAAUAAUAAUAAUAAUAAGAUUAAUUCAAUAAUAAAUAUUAAUCAAAAUAUUAAUGAAUGGAAAGAAAAAAAUAAAUUUCAUAUUACAUGGUUACCUGAUGAACAUCAACAAAAUGAAAAAAAUAUUCAUUUAUUAAAAUUAGACAAUGAUGAUAAACAUAUCGAACAAUCAUCAUCUGAUAUUGAAAUUAAAGCAAUAGAUAAUUGUUCAAAUCAUAGUCAAGAUAAAUAUGCAUAUGAAUCUAAUUUAAGUUGGUCAUUUACAAUAGCAAAUAAACAAGAAGAUUUAUCCAUGUCAUCUUCUAUUCAUCAAUUAAUUGAAAAUUCUAAACCGUCUCAAUCAACAAUUAAUACAACAAAAUCUUCAUCAAUAAAUCGUGUACGACUUGCCAUUGAAGCAAUAGAACGAAAUGCUCAACAUUUUCCGCGAGAGAGGAAGUCAUAA